AUGUCGAGACAGCUUUCGGGCGAGCACACGCACUCGUCGUCGGGAAGCAGCUCCAGCGACGACGGGCCGCUUUUCCCCUUCACUGAGGCUGACUUCUGGACGGACUACUUGAGCGAUGCGAUCGAUGUGUGCAUCAAUUGCGUCAUCGCGCUCGUGCUCUUCCUAAUCUUCUAUCUGACAAUAUGCUGCGUCAGCGCGUGUCUGAAGUCGGCGCUGAAGAGGACGCCGUCGGUUGAUUCGACCGUCUCCUCCUUUAUGAUCACGACGCUCAAGCUGCUGCUUUGGAUCAUCAUCGUCCCCAUCCUCGUUCAGACAAUCGGCAUCGGCGCGUCCUCCAUCACAUCUGUGAUUGGGGCCGUUGUCGUGGGAAUUGGGUUUUCGCUGCGGCCGCUCGCAGAGUCCUACGUGAUGGGCAUCUUCCUCGCCGUUCGCAAGCCCUUUGUCAAAGGAGACUUGAUUCGCGGCGCCGGCAAGGUGUUCGGAUUUGUGGAGGAGCUUUACCUGUCCUACACCGUCAUUCGCGAGCCCGAUGGCAACCUGACGUACGUGCCCAACAAGACCUUGUGGAGUGGCCCGAUCACCAACAUCACCACGUCGGACAAGGUGCGACUCGACGUCGGCAGAUUCGAGCUCGCGCACAACGUCAACCUGGCCGAGGCCAAUGAGGCAAUCAUGCGUGCCCUCACGGAGCUGAAGCCGCUCUGCAUGGCCAAGCCGGCUCCGCCAAAGGUCAAGCCAAAGGACGCGCUGCCCGCGCCUUUCGCUGUGCGCCAGGCGACCUAA